UGAGGCCUAUUUGCGUCAGCUCUGAAAUGCACAAAAAUGAUAUCGAAUUAUUUUUUUCGAAUUAUUAAUCAUUGAUGAAAUAUAAUUAACAUAUAAUUCUUUCUCGUAUUGUAAUUAGAGCGUUAUAAAUUAGAAUGAGAAUAUAAAACUUACAUGCUCAAAAACAACUGAAAGUGAUAUGUAAUGCGAGAAACUCAAAAUGCUUUUGAACAAAGAACCAUUAAAUUAAAUAACAAAAUAUAUCACAAGACAAUAAUUUACAAGAGAAGGAAACAUCAAGAUUUGUUACACAGAAUUGCUUAUAUGCUAACUUAUGCUAAAAUAAUGAGAUCGCUUUAAAACACUUGUAAAAAUUGGCCUCAACUAUUCUUUUCUCCUUUGACAGUCAAUAAAUAGUCGUAAAAAGCACAUAAAACAAUUCAUGCAGGAAUUCAAACGGGCAACUGUUGAAAGGAGUGAAAAAUAUGCUUUUGCAUAUAAAAUACAAAGAUAAUCCUACUUGCGGCCUACUUUUACGAAUUUGGUAAAUACGAGACAAGUCACAUUUUUAUAAUAAAACACAUAACGAAAUGACGAAAAACAAAAUUUCAUUGUUAACAUGUCAUCUUUUUUACCUAUUAAUUCUAAUUUUUUUCGAAAUACUACCAUCAUCAACGCGGAGUUCUCGUCCAACUACUCAGGAGCUUUAAAUUGAAAGAGUACAAGCUAAAGAUCCACCGUCUCAUUACUUGGCAAAAUUACGAACUUACUUGGAUCCUACAGCAUCACGAAGCCAUCGAAAAAGAAAAAUGGUCGGAGAAUCUACGUCGACCCAAGUAUUACGUGAUUUGGAAAUAUCCUUACGCACAAAUCAUAUCGAAUGGGUGAGAGAGUUCUUAAACGAAGAAAACCAAGGCUUGGACGCAUUAAUAGAUUAUCUCAGCUUCAGACUAUUGAUGAUGCGGCAUGAGCAACGACUUUUGGAAUCCCACACGAAUUCCGAGGAAAAAUUACAAACUGCAGGUACUGGCGAUAUUUCAUCGUUAAAUAAUGGAUGCUUGAGACCGUCUCUUCAUGAGCUUAAAGACAGUCCUGGAGUCAAAAGAAGAUCUCGACACGUGGCACGUCUAAAUAUGGGUGAAGCGAAGGAUGAUAUUCACGUUUGCAUACUGUGCAUGCGUGCCAUUAUGAAUAAUAAGUAUGGAUUUAAUAUGGUUAUUCAACACAGAGAAGCUAUCAAUUGUAUCGCACUGAGCUUAAUCCAUAAAAGUCUGAGGACAAAAGCUCUAGUGUUAGAACUUCUUGCUGCUAUCUGCUUGGUGAAGGGCGGCCACGAGAUUAUUUUGUCAGCAUUCGAUAACUUUAAAGAGAUGUGUUCCGAGAGGAGAAGAUUUACGACGCUUAUGGCAUAUUUCACCCAGUACGACAGCUUUCAUAUAGAGUUUAUGGUCGCCUGUAUGCAGUUUGUUAAUAUCAUCGUACAUUCAGUGGAGGACAUGAACUUUAGGGUGCAUCUGCAAUAUGAAUUCACGAAGCUGGGAUUAGACGAGUAUCUCGAGAAGCUCAGACACACGGAAAGCGAAGAUUUGCAGGUUCAAAUCUCAGCUUAUCUAGAUAACGUGUUUGAUGUAGCUGCUUUGAUGGAAGACAGUGAAACAAAAACCGCGGCAUUGGAAAAAGUAGCGGAAUUAGAAGACGAACUUGGUCAUGCGCACGAUCGUAUGGCAGAAUUAGAAAGAGAAUCACUCGCGAAAUUGGCGGAACUGGAAACAGAAUUGGGUGCUAUCAAGGUGGAGUACACCGAGGCCUUGGAAGCGCGUAGAUCAGUGGAAGAGGAACUCGCAGCCUUGAAGAGGCAAAGGCAGGAUUCCGCCCGAAGACAGAGCGUUCUCGAGAACAAGAUCAUCGAGCUGGAGAACCUUACGGGAACACUUACGAAGGGCUCGUCAGCCGCUAGUCUACGAAACGGUAUCGCGACAAGUCCUCUGAAUUCAGACAACAUCACAUCCGAGACAUUUGCCUCGACACCAUCGCCUACGUUACAUGAAGCGCUUCCAGCGGCACCAGUGCCACCACCUCCACCUCCGCCGCCGUGUCCGCCGCCGCUCCCUGUAACACCUCUUUCUCUGGGAGAUCACAAGUUACCACCACCUGUUCCGAUACCUCCACCACCUGCCGGCAUGAUGCAAGCACCUAAUGGAGCAAUGACUAUUAAACGAAAAGUCCAAACAAAGUACAAACUUCCCACUCUCAAUUGGAUCGCUCUGAAACCUAAUCAAGUGCGAGGUACUAUCUUCAAUGAAUUAGACGAUGAUCGUUUGCACAACCAGAUCGACUUUUCCGACUUUGAAGAACGAUUCAAGAUCGGUAUGAGUGGACACGUAGCUAAUGGUAACAGUGAAAUCGACGGGCUUCAAAGCUUUCCGAGUAAACGAUUCAAGAAACCCGAAAACGUAUCACUUUUGGAACAUACGAGACUGCGAAAUAUUGCUAUAUCACGCCGAAAAAUGGAAAUGCCAGU